GAUUGUGACAUCAUCACAGGUCCUACACCUCCAGCAUCUAGCAGGAUGGACGAGGACAGGAAUGAGAUGACUAAGAGAAUAUUACACUUCACCUUGGAGAUCCUCCACCUGCUGACCGGAGAGGAUUACACCAUAGUGAAGAAGACAUGGGGGGAGUGUGUGGUCUCCAGCAGCCAUGAGUAUGGAGAAUGGAGCAGGGCCCGAGGCCCCAUCACGGAGCCUCCACCUCACUCACCGAUACAUGAGGAGAAGAUCCUAAAACUCACCCACAGGAUCACUGAGCUGCUGACUGAAGAGGUUCCUAUAAGGUGUCAGGAUGUGGCGGUCUAUUUCUCCAUGGAGGAGUGGGAGUACGUAGAAGGACACAAGGAUCUGUACCAGGACAUGAUGGGGGAUCACCGGCCCCGAACAUCACCAGAUGGAUGUACAGGAGUUGAUGUAUUCAGUCCCUGUGUGUUCCCUACAGAUGGAUGUAUAGGAGAUGGAGUCAUGGAAAGAAAUCGUCUUGAGAGGUGUCCCCGUCCUCUGUAUUCCCAGGACUGUCCAGAGGGAAAUUUCCCAGAGAACCAUCAGGAUAAAAAUCUGAUCGAUAUUAAGGCUGAGGUUAAAGAAGAGGAGGAGACGGAUUUAAUGAGUCAACACUAUGGCAUCAUCGAUAGAAAUCCACCCGAGAGGUGUCCCUGUACUCUGUAUUCCCAUCACUGUCCAGAGGGAAAUGUCCCAGAGAAGCAUCAGGGGGGAGAUCUGACUAAUAAUAAAGUGGAGGAUGAAGAAGAGAGGAUGAGGGGCCAUCACCCGUGUAUGAGGGAAGUGAAGGAGGAAAUUCCAGGAGGUGUUACCCUAGAAAAUCCCAGUAAGAAUUUUGAGGGGAACUUCAUGUUAUCAUUUAAUUAUAAGGAAGAAGAUGAAGAUAUCAUAGAGCGCUCCUCAGGAGAAGACCUCCUUACCCCUAAUGUCCAUCCAGAUCUAUCCUAUAAUAAUCCCCCUGAUCAUGAGGAACCUUCUCCUGACCAACCACACAUUGUUACCGCAAGGACUGAUCAGAAAGGGGGGAAACUGAUUCAAUGUGAUGAAUGUGGGAAAGAGUUUACUACAGGCUCAAGUCUACUUAGACACAGAAGAAUUCACACAGGAGAGAAGCCAUAUUCAUGUUCUGUAUGUGAGAAAAGUUUUACUGAUAAAUCACAACUUGUUAUACAUGGGAGAAGUCACACAGGAGAGAAACCAUAUUUAUGUUCAGAAUGUGGGCUAUGUUUUAGAAAUAAGUCAAGUCUUGAUAGACAUUGGAGAUUUCACACAGGAGACAAGCCGUAUUCAUGUUCAGAGUGUGGGAAAUGUUUUACAGAUAAACCAAGUCUUGCAAAGCAUAAGGGAAUUCACAAUGAAGAAAGGCCAUACUCAUGUUCAGAGUGUGGAAAAUGUUUUAGAGAUAAGACAGGUCUUGUUACACAUGCGAGAAGUCAUACAGGAGAGAGGCCAUAUUCAUGUUCAGAGUGUGGAAAAUGUUUUACAGAUCGGACAAGUCUUGUUAAACAUGAGAGAAUUCACACAGGAGAGAAGCCGUAUUCAUGUUCAGAAUGUGGGAAAUGUUUUACAGAGAAAACAAAUCUUGCCACACAUCUGAGAAUUCACACAGGGGUAAAGCCGUAUUCAUGUUCAGAAUGUGGGAAAUGUUUUAAAAACAAGGCGCCGCUUGUUAAACACGAGAGAAGUCACACAGGAGAGAAGCCGUAUCCAUGUUCAGAAUGCGGAAAACGUUUUACAGAUAAAUCAGAUCUUGUUAGACAUGAGAGAAAUCACACAGGAGAGAAGCCUUAUUCGUGUUCAGAGUGUGGGAAAUCUUUCACACAAAAAUCACAUCUUGUUAAACACGAGAGAAUUCACACAGGAGAGAAGCCACAUUCAUGUUCAGAAUGCAAGAAAAGUUUUAUUACUAAAGACAAACUAAGGCAUCAUCAGAGAACUCACACAGGAGAAAAGCCAUAUUCAUGUGCAAAAUGUGGGAGAUGUUUUACGGAUAAAUCAAAUCUUGUCACACAUCAGAAAGUUCACAUAAGGAAAAAGCCAUAUUCAGGUUCAAAAUAAUGAUAAUUUAAUGAAAAUUAUUUAUAAAGCGCUGACAUAUACCACAGCACAUGCAGAAUACGGGAAAUGUUUUAUUACUAAUGUAAAACUAAGGAAUUAUUAGAGAGGUCAGUGUGAUGUUAGGAAUGUGGGAAAAAAUUUACAAAAAAAUCUAAGUUAGAAAUUCAUCAGAAAUUACAUAGAGAAGAAAAAAGGUCUUUGCUUGGAAUUUGGAAAAUGUUAAAAGAGGGAAAAAAGUAACCCAUAUAAUUUUUUCCAUAGCAACCAAUCAGAUCGCUUCUUUCAUUUUUAACAAGGCCUCUGCAAAAUGAAAGAAGCGCUGAUUGGUUGCUACGGGCAACUCAGUAACAUUUCCUCUGCACAGGUUUUGAUAACUCUCCCCCUAUGAGCUUAAAUAAAGACGCUAUUACAUUAAAUUUAUGUCCUUCUGUGUU